CAAGGGGCUGAGGAAACCUGUCGGAGUUUUAAGGUUUUGUCUAUACUGAACGGAGACGAUGGCCAAGAUGCGGACACAUAUGCCAAACGAAUUUUCUAAUAUGAGGAAAAACCAUUGUCUUUAUUCAUAUUAACCUAAUUUCAGAAAGUUUAUUUGACGCAUUUCGUUGAUUUCUCUCGCUCUGGACGCACGACCAAGGAAAGUGACCAGUGAGAAUGGAACAGGUGCCCAGUCCGGAGCCUAGCCCCGUAAAGCAACCCAAAGCUGGGCAUCAUGAACCCAUUCGCUUUGGGAUUGACCAGAUUCUCGGUGGCUCAGAUCCAGAGAGCGGUCGUUCGAACAGUGACCGGAGCGGGUCAGAGAGUGGCUUGGACAGCUACCGCCUCAGCAGUCCCACUGGAACAUGCACGACUCCGUAUACUGCGCUGUCUGUCUCUUUUUCCGGCAUUACAGGGCCGUUAGAGGACUUAAAUAUAUAUGGGAUGAACAGAACUCUAGUGCCCAGGGGGGUGAUUCGAGUUCCGGCUCACAGACCUCUCGCAGCGGCGGUUCCGCCACCCAUGACCAGCUCAGUGGCGAAUAUCGGAAGUCUGUGCUUUCCCUGGAUGGAAAACAACCGUAGGUUUGCCAAGGAUAGAUUACCAGCACUCAUCCCUUUCACGGUGACUCGACGCAUCGGCCAUCCCUACCAGAAUCGUACUCCACCGAAGAGGAAAAAACCGCGAACGUCAUUCUCUCGAGUCCAAAUAUGCGAACUGGAGAAGAGGUUUCAUCGACAGAAAUAUCUAGCCAGUGCCGAGAGAGCAUCUCUAGCAAAGAGCCUGAAGAUGACGGAUGCGCAAGUUAAAACUUGGUUUCAGAACCGCCGAACAAAAUGGAGGAGACAGACGGCCGAGGAGAGGGAAGCGGAGCGCCAGCAGGCCAAUCGGAUGCUGCUCCAGCUGCAAGCCGACGCCCUCCAGAAGUCCCUGGGCGAAUCGGUGUCCAGCGACCCGCUAUGCAUGCACAACUCCUCCCUGUUCGCCCUACAGAACCUGCAGCCGUGGGUACAGGAGGGAGCGGGCAAGCUAGGGCCCGGCAGCGGCACAGCGCCCACACUGGCCUGAGAACAGUCAGACGUGAGGUUGGUGGUGCGUGCGUGGAGAGGACUAGAAGGGCUGAGGUCUCAGGCCUCCACUGAGGACAAAAUCUCAUUGGGCCUCUCUCAACAUCCACUCUCGUUCCCACUGAUCUAUAACUAGCACUGGAUAGACUAUCCCAUUGUUGCCGCGCCAUCAUUCUUUAUGUAGAUCAGUGAGGACGAGGACCGAGGAAGGAAGGGAGGAUGUAUAAAAGACGAAUGAGAGGCACCCAUUGUGUUGUCUGCAACACCUCUGGGUAGCCGUUAGAGCUCACAGAGCUCGCGCUGGUUAUCUGGCUGGGCCCUUUUCAAGCAUUGGGUGGUGACGGCUAUCCGCCACUUUUCAUGUUGCAGUGUUUACCGGUGAAUUUUUACGAGAAUUAAUACAAUAUGCACAUAUUUGCAUAUAAAAAAAUAUGUGUACAUAAAAAUUUAACUGAUGGAUUGAAGACUUCAUGACAGAGGUGUUACGAUUCACUGGAAUGUUUAUAUUUCGGAGAAAAAAAAGCAUUUGUUGAACAUGGUUUAUGAUUUGAGGAAGUGUUUUAUUCGUAAGUUGUCAGUUGUUCAGAGAAACUGCCAUCCUUCACUCUUAACAUUUUCUUAAACAUAUUUGGAUUGUGGAUGUUCCUUUGUCACUAAUGAGGUAAUGUAUAAUUACUUGUACAAUGUAAAAUUUGAUAUUUGUAAAUAAUAUUCACAGAGGUAGUUAUGGUCAUUUCUCUGUUACUCAAGUUGCCAUGUCUUUGUUGCACUAAAAUGGCAUUGCAAGCUGUGUGUAAGAAAAGACCAAAAUCACACUAUUCUUUGCAAAGUUUAUUGUUAAAUAUUAUUUUAUACAACA